CACAGACACGUACCCAAAUACAAUUCACCCAAACCAAAGCAACGACGAGAUUGUAAAGCAUCCAGCGAGAAUGAAGAAAGAAGACACAGUGAAAUUAAUCAGCGCCGAGGGCUUCGAAUUCAUAAUCGAUAAAAAAGCCGCCAUGGUUUCUCAAACCAUCCGUAACAUGCUCACUUCUCCCGGGAGUUUUUCUGAGACGGAGCAUGGCCGCGUGUCGUUCCCCGAGAUCAGCACCACCAUCCUCGAGAAGAUUUGUCAGUACUUUCAUUGGUCGCUCCAGUAUGCUAGCGGAAAGGAGACAGAAUUUCAUAUCGAACCUGAGCUUACUCUGGAACUAAUGAUGGCUGCAAACUAUCUACACACUUGACAGAAUCAAGGAUACUCGAAGAUGGACUGGUGGUGAAUGUGAUAAGGAUCUGGAAAAUUAUAGUACACCAUUUACUGUUCCAUUUUUAGGUAUUAUGAACUUCUGUUUCUGGCCGUCAUCAAUCUGUUUAGGAUUUAAAAUCUGUAGCUAUUUAUAAUGCUGAAACUUGAACCAAAACCUUGGAUGUUUGUACAUUAGAAGUUGCUUUUCAGUACUAUGAAUGAAUAAUGAUAAUAAUCUGUGCUACUUAGAAUUA